CGGCACUCGGCAACCAUGGUGAGCGAGUCCCCAGGGCGCGGAGCCAGGGUCCCCUGGCGGCGAAGCGACGAGGCUCUGCGCGUGAACGUGGGCGGCGUGCGACGGCGGCUGAGCGCGCGCGCCCUGGCGCGCUUCCCGGGCACGCGGCUGGGCCGCCUACAGGCCGCAGCGUCGGAGGAGCAGGCGCGGCGCCUGUGCGAUGACUACGACGCGGCGGCGCGGGAGUUCUACUUCGACCGGCACCCGGGCUUUUUCCUGGGGCUGCUGCACUUCUACCGUACCGGCCACCUGCACGUGCUCGACGAGCUGUGUGUCUUCGCCUUUGGCCAAGAGGCCGACUACUGGGGCCUAGGGGAGAGCGCGCUGGCCACGUGCUGCCGCGCGCGCUACCUGGAGCGGCGCGUGGCGCGGCCGCGCGCCUGGGACGAAGAUAGCGACGCGCCGAGCAGCGUGGACCCGAACCCUGGCGAGAUCUCCGACGUGCAGCGCGAGCUGGCGCGCUAUGGCGCCGCACGUUGCGGCCGCCUGCGCCGCCGUCUCUGGCUCACCAUGGAGAAUCCGGGCUACUCGCUGCCCAGCAAGCUGUUCAGCUGCGUCUCCAUCGGCGUGGUGCUAGCCUCUAUCGCCGCCAUGUGCAUCCACAGCCUGCCCGAGUAUCAGGCCCGCGAGGCGGCAGCCGCCGUGGCUGCGGUGGCUGCGGGUCGCAACCCAGAAGAGGUUCGCGACGACCCGGUGCUGAGGCGCCUCGAGUACUUCUGCAUCGCCUGGUUCAGCUUCGAGGUGUCGUCGCGCCUCCUGCUGGCGCCCAGCACGCGUAACUUCUUCUGCCACCCACUUAACCUCAUCGACAUUGUGUCCGUGCUGCCCUUCUAUCUCACGCUGGUGGCUGGUGCCGCGCUCGGCCACCAGGGAGGUGCGGGCGGCGAGGACCUCGGCGACCUGGGCAAGGUGGUGCAGGUGUUCCGCCUCAUGCGCAUCUUCCGAGUGCUCAAGUUGGCGCGCCACUCCACGGGGCUGCGCUCGCUGGGCGCCACGCUCAAGCACAGCUACCGCGAGGUGGGCAUCUUACUGCUGUAUCUGGGCGUGGGGGUGUCUGUGUUCUCUGGCGUGGCCUACACCGCCGAGAAGGAGGAGGACUCAGGUUUUGACACCAUCCCUGCCUGCUGGUGGUGGGGCACAGUGAGCAUGACCACUGUGGGCUACGGGGACGUCGUGCCGGUGACGGUGGCUGGCAAGCUGGCAGCCUCGGGCUGCAUCCUGGGGGGCAUCCUGGUGGUAGCGCUCCCCAUCACCAUCAUCUUCAACAAGUUCUCUCACUUCUACCGGCGCCAAAAGGCUCUGGAAGCCGCCGUGCGCAACAGCGGCCACCAGGAGUUUGAAGACUUGCUGAGCAGUAUUGAUGGGGUGUCGGAGGGGUCUCUGGAGACGUCCCGCGAGACCUCCCAUGAGACCUCCCGUGAGACCUCCCAGGAGGGAAGGUCUACAGACCUGGAGGCCCAGGCCCCCAGUGGGCCUCCAAACUCUCAAAUUUAUUAA